GCGACUGUAACUGUUUCAGUUGUUUGGGAGAAGGAGGAUCGAGAAGGAACGGCCAAAAUGUCGGAUUGGUGUGAAGAUGUUCGGAAAUGAAAUCGCCAUCUUCACGUGUGAAGAUCUCCACGACCAGAUCAACCAGAUUUCGCUGAGUUUAGCGGGACUGGCGGUCAAACUGCUCAAGGGUCACGAGGUGGAGUUGAACCACAGGACCGUGCCGAUGACGGAGGAGCUGCUCCUGCCUUCCCUGUCAGGUUUACCCGUGAAGCUGGGCAUCAACAUGACCUCCCUGAUUUCGCUGCGCUUGAAGGGAAACGUCAACUACAGGGACGUGUCUCAUUUCUCCCUAUCAGGACACAUCAAACCCAGCGCCUACGUGGGGCUGUCAGUCAGGAUGGGCGUGGACGGCGUCCCCGGACAGGCUGCUGUGGACUGGGUCUCUGAGCUGAAGAGCUCUACCAGUCUGGAUGGCAGUGUCCAACUGGAGGAGGGACGGGACGUCAGGAUCAUGCUGAACACACCUGAGGACGUUAUGGACAUAUUUUCUCUAAGCUCUAGAGUUUUUCAGCUGAGUGGAGACCACAGAGAGGAGAUAAAGGGGCCGAAGAGUCGACUGCAGAAGACCACCUGCACUUCCAAGACCUGGUCUAAGGUUGUCGGCUGGCAGCUGUGCUCCAACGCAUCCUAUCCAUCACCCUCAGCUGGAAUCCUACUCCCUACUGCUGGGCCCAUUCAUCUCUCCGUCAGACUGCUGAAGCUGGACAGAGGACUUCAUUAUUACCUUCUGGAGGCAGCCUACUCACUGCUGCCUCAGAGAGGUUUCUGGUUUCCCAGAGAGGCCUCCAUCCACCUCCUCCUGGCCACUCCUCAGUCCUCCAUCUCCAGAGACAUGUCCCUGGACUUGGCCUUUAACCCCAGCAGGUUUCUGCUGAGGAUCUCUAGUCCUCUGAAAACCAUCCACGUACAAGGACACCUUGAACAAGAAAGGAACACAAAGUCAGGAAACCUGGAGCUGGUGGUCGAUGGUGUCCACUUUUAUAUCCGGGGAUUGGUGGACACUAAGACCCUAUUGUCAGAGCAGAGGACACGCUACCAUCUCGAGGCCAAGACGGCUGUCGAUGGACUUCCCAUCAUCCUCUCUGCUAAUGUCACACGUGGACUGGGCCGCAAGAUGAGUCUGUCCGCCACUUUGAAGAACGUGUUCCGAGAAACUGCGUCUCUCUCGGUCUCCCUGGAGCGCAGGCGGGAUAGCAGCGGCAGACAGUACUCCGUGGAGGUGGAGCUGCUCUUACCUGAGGUCGUUGGCAGCAGGAUGCUUGGACUGAUGGAGCAGAAGGGCUCAGUGUGGAGCUCCGCACUGAGGCUCAAGUAUGGCCUCGGAGGUGACGCCCGACACCUGUACCAGGAGUGCUUUUCCUCUCAGAGACUGAAGAGUGAGAGGAACUUAAACCAAACCUAUAUAAUCAGAGCAGAUCAUGAAUUCUAUUGCUCCAACACACUUCCUCUCAACCACAAAGUUCACUUCAGACACGAGAAGAGCUCCAGUCACAUUAAUUCAGUGUUGCACCUGAGCUACGGCAAACACUGGGACGAGAUCAACAACAAACGCACCGUCUUUCUGAGCCAGUCCUUCAGAAACCAGUCCAUGCACAAUCACACAAACUACAUACUGGAGUUCAACUUUAAAGUACCACAGAAGAAUUUGAACUACAGGACCCAGCUCAUGCACACGCACCUGAGUCACGUUGGCUCUGAGAGCAGCACCCACUUAAAAAUCAACUACAACAACCUAAUGCCACUGGUGGCUGGAUUACAGUGGAAGAGUCCUCCCCAAGAUGCUGUGCAGAAGAAAUGGGAAGGCUCAUUCAACAUGGACACACCGUGGCUGUACCUUUACACUGCCCACAGUCUGAGUCAUCUCCAACGCCACACACUCCAGCUCACGUUAGAGAUGACAGCCAGCAAGUGGCUGAACGUCCGUAACCUCAUCCUGGAGGGCUUUUACAGGGACAGAGGCAGAGAGAGGGAGGCCCGUCUGCAGCUCUACACGCCAGCUGUCACUUACAUACAUGUAAGUAAAGAAUAGAUGUCUUCUUCUGGACAAUCUCAGCUUAAGGUUUUAGUAUUUAAAGCAGGAAAUUUAAGGAAAUGUAUUAUUAUCUCUUAAUAUUUUCCCAACAAUCCUCCACAGGCAGAAGGUUGGGGUGUGGUGGUGAAGCGGAAACUCAAGGCCUCCUGCUCACUGAACUCUUUGUGGAUCCCUCCCCUGAGAGGGGAUGUGUCUCUGGAGACCACUAAACUCAGUCAGUCCCUGCAGAUGUCCUCCUCCUUUGCCAAACACAACAUUAGCCUUGCAGCUCUGCUGAACAAUGUA